CAGUCCACUUGGAUUCUCUCUCUAUUCAACCUUUACCUUCUCCCCUCCAAUGGCACCCAUUUCAGAUUUCUCACCAUUUUCUUCAACCCUAAUCCCUCAUCUUCCCAUUUAACAAAAAUGAGCGGAACCAGGAAGCUCCGGCGAUGGAGAUUCUCUUUUAACAGAUCCGCCGCCGCCGUUAAGAGCAACCCCCCGCCGCCUGGUGAAUUCCUCUGCCCCAUCUCCAAAUCCUUAAUGUUCGACCCCGCCGUCGUCUCCUCCGGCCAGACUUUCGAGCGCGCGUGCGUCGACGUGUGCAGAGAUUUAGGUUUCACGCCGACGCUCGCCGACGGUACGACGCCGGAUUUUUCGACGGUGAUACCUAAUUUGGCGCUGAAGACGGCAAUCCUCAACUGGUGCUCGAAGACCGGGUCGGAUCCUCCGAUCCCGCUCCCGCACUCGGAAAUCGAAUCCGUCAUUAGGUCUUCGAAGGAAGCUUCCGGAAAUGAUGCGAUUCGUAACGCCGGUGGAAAAUUGACGACAGGCGUUGCGGGAAUGGAAAUUCCGGCGGAAUUGAAGUCGAGGGAGGUUGAUUACUCGUCUCCGAGCUCUGAAGAAUCUGUGAUUGCCAAUACGACGCCGUUUUCGCGACCGUCCUGUUUGUCGUUCUCUUCCUCGCCUUCUACCUCGUCGGAAUUCGUCCGCGACGAAUCGCCGGUGAAUUCUUCCGGCGAGGAUGAGAAUUUGGUGGCGAGGAUGAAAAGUUUGGAUGUUUAUGAUCAGGAGCAAAGCGUGAUUGAAUUGAGGAACUCCACGAGGACAGAUUGCAGAGCUAGGUCGGCGCUUUGUACGGAUAGGGUUUUGCUUGCUCUGAAGCGGUUGAUGAAUUCGCGCUACGCCGCCGUGCAGAUUAACGCCGCGGCGGCGCUGGUGAAUCUCUCGCUGGAGAAGGAGAACAAAAUUAGGAUCAUGAGAGCCGGAAUUGUUCCGUUUCUGAUCGAUAUUCUGAAAAAUGGUUUCGAGGAGUCGCGCGAACACGUCGCCGGUGCGAUUUUCAGUCUCGCUCUGGAGGACGAGAACAAGACGGCGAUCGGCGUGCUCGGAGCGCUUCCGCCGCUUCUGCACGAGCUCCGGUGCGGUACACGGCGGAGCCGCCAGGACGCGGCGCUGGCGCUGUACCACUUGACGCUCGUGCAGAGCAACAAGGUGAAGCUCGCGAAGCUCGGAGCCGCCGGAGUGUUGCUAGGGUUGCUAAAGGACGAGGAUGUGGCGGCGCGUGUUGUGCUCGUUCUCUGCAACCUCGCGACCUCCGGCGAAGGCCGGGCGGCGCUGCUAGACUCCGACGCCGUGGGGUUGUUGGUCGGAGUUAUGCGGAACUCGUCGGAGUCGACUCGGGAGAAUUGUGUGGCUGCUUUGUAUUCGCUUAGCUAUGGAAGCUUGAGGUUCAAGAGUCUAGCAAAGGACGCCGGCGCGGCGGAGGCGCUGCAGGAGGUGGCGGCGGCGACGGGAAGCGAGCCGACGAGAGCGAGGGCUAUGAAGAUUUUGGAGCGGCUGAGGGUGGAUGAGCGGCGGCGUGACUCGGCGGGGGAACUCACUGAGUUGCGACUUGCGAGUUAGGGCAAAGCGGAGAAGAUUGUGAUGUAAGUAAAUUAAAUUAUAAAAUGUCAAUAUUGGUUGCCGUUUGUAUGUUCUUUUUAUCAUUUUGAUGGUGUUUAUUGUUAAUUUUUAGGGCUUGAUUUGGUUCA